AUGGAGUUGGAUUUAUAUCCCAAGGAUGAGACGUUGAACAUUACGAAGGAUGGUGUAGAUUCGGAUGACAUUUUACAUUCCAAGAAAAAAAAAGAAUGCCAAUCGAAUAACGGUUUUACCGAAUACUGUACUCUAGCUGGCCAUACGAAGAGUGUUACAAGCAUAGCAGUAUCUCCAGAUAGACGAUGGAUCGCAACUGCAUCUGCUGAUGCAACAAUAAAGCUUUGGAGUACUUUGACUUUUCGAUUAGAAUGUACAUUGUUUGGUCAUAGCAGAGGCAUAUCUGAAAUAAGGUGGGCAAGUGGAGGCAGGUUCCUUGCUAGUGCAUCAGAUGAUAAAACAGUGCGCAUCUGGGAUAUUGAAAAACGCUCUAGCGCUCGCUGCUUACAAGGCCACACCAGUUUCGUAUCUUCUGUCGACUUCAAUCCGAUGGGUACAUUAUUGGUUUCCGGCUCUUGGGAUGAAACUGUACGCAUUUGGAGCGUACAGGAUGGAAGAUGUAUCCGUAUGUUACCUGCACAUUCUGAGCCCAUUACAUCUGUGUCGAUUUCUUCGGAUGGAACUCUUUGUGCGUCAGCUAGCUAUGAUGGCAUGGCUCGAAUCUGGGACGUUAUGAGCGGCCAAUGCCUCAAAACACUUGUGGAACCAAUUAACGUGCCCUUAUCAAAUAUAAAAUUUAGUCCGAACGGACAAUACCUAAUUGUCAGUAAUCUGAACUCACAAAUGCGCCUUUGGGAUUAUCGCAACAAUCGUGUUGUUCAUUUAUAUGACUGCCAUAAAAACACUCAUUUUUCUAUGUCCUGGGACUAUUACCUAUCCAGGUACUUUCCUUGGGAACCAAAUAAUUAUCAAGAGCGUUCUGUGGAGACCGAUAUAUCAGCUUAUGAAGACGUUUAUCUUCUUACCCCAAGUGAAGACGGCCGUGUUUACAUUACGGAUCCCAGUACAAAAGCUGUAGUAGAUGAUUCGAUUCAGCAUUCAGAUGCGCCAAAUGUUUCCCUGUUGCACGUCGCUUCGUUAGGUCCGUUCAUUAUAUCUGCCGGAACAGAUCCCUAUGUCAGAGUCUGGGCUCCAGAGCGUCUUUUUUCGGAAACGAAACAUGAAGAAGAAGAAAAAAAUCAGAAAAGUUUACAAGAAACUUUACCCAUACGGCAACAGAGUACGUCUUCUAAUACCGAAAGCAUGUCAGAUUCAAGGAUCCUAUGA